AUGACCUCCAGGACCCCACUGUUGGUUACAGCCUGUUUAUAUUAUUCUUACUGCAACUUAAGAGGCCUGCAGGGGCAUGUGAGAAAAGGUAAAAGACUGGUAUUUUCACAUCCACAGGUACCAGAAAUGCAGAAGACCGACAGCUUCCAGCUACCUAAGUGGGCCCAAGGUGAUAUCUGCCCAUGUUGCCUUCCAGACUGGCUACUUGCCACGAUGAGGGAUCUUCUUCAGUAUGUCGCCUGCUUCUUUGCCUUUUUCUCUGCUGGGUUUUUGAUUGUGGCCACCUGGACAGACUGUUGGAUGGUGAAUGCUGAUGAUUCCCUGGAGGUGAGCACAAAGUGCCGCGGCCUUUGGUGGGAGUGUGUCACAAAUGCUUUUGAUGGGAUUCGCACCUGUGAUGAGUAUGAUUCUAUAUUUGCGGAACAUCCUUUGAAGUUGGUGGUAACUCGAGCAUUGAUGAUUACUGCAGAUAUUCUAGCUGCAUUUGGAUUUAUCACCCUGCUCCUUGGUCUUGACUGUGUGAAAUUCCUCCCUGAGGAGCCAUACAUUAAAAUCCGCAUCUGCUUUGUUGCUGGAACCACAUUACUAAUAGCAGGUGCCCCAGGAAUCAUUGGUUCUGUUUGGUAUGCUGUUGAUGUUUAUGUGGAACGUUCUUCUUUGAUUUUACACAAUAUAUUUCUUGGCAUCCAAUAUAAAUUUGGUUGGUCCUGUUGGCUUGGAAUGGCUGGGUCUCUGGGUUGCUUUUUAGCAGGAGCUGUCCUCACCUGCUGCUUAUACGUCUUUAAAGAUGUUGGAUCUGAGAGAAACUAUCCUUAUUCCAUGAGGAAAGCCUAUUCAACUGCCGGUGUUUCCAUGGCAAGGUCCUAUGUGGCCCCUCGGACAGAGACUGCCAAAAUGUAUGCUGUAGACACAAGGGUGUAAGAUGCCACUUAUCAAUCUGUGUUGAUAUAUUAUUUAAUUAAACAAUAAAUAUAUCCAAGUCAAUAAAAUAGCAUGCUAUUCCAGGAACAUUUAGACUUCAUGUUCAACUAAAUUAAGUGCUAGCUUAAUCAAACAGUUUGAUUCUGCUGUCUUUUAUCCUUUCUGUUAUUCUCGUAUUAUUCUCUCUGUUUCUCUUCCCACACACUUUCCCCAUAAUUUAAGAUAAGGAUGUGAGGAUGUAGAAGUGUUUGUGGUUCCUGUAUUUCUAUUAGAAAUUAUGACAUGGUGAUAUUAAAAUAAAAUGAUACUUUAAAAAUAGAAAGCAAUCUCAAAUGAAGCCAGAAAUCCUAAUCUUUGAAAGGAUUUACAAACUCUUAUCUUUCUCCUUGGCCUUUGGUUCAUUUUUUGUAAUCUCAACGAGUGGGCGAGUUAUUUGAUAACUUGGAGGAAGAUGAGUCUUUGAAAUUCAAACAGUAUAUCAAAGCCUACUAUUUCUCUGAUUCUGUAAAAAGAGAGAAAGAAAAUAAUAGCUUCAUAUACCAGCCACUGGUGGGCGUUAAAGAUAGGAAGUUCCUCUUCCACAUUCUAAAUGUCAAAGGCAAAUGCUAAAUUAAUAGUGGAGUCAGUGGCGAUUUUCUACCUCAUUAACAACAUAAAAUAUCUGUGUAUUAUUUCACCACUAUUCUAACUUUGUCUGCAUAUUGUCAAAUUGUUAGACUACAGCAAUAAUAGUUCAACCAUGGAGUUCACUCAUUAAUUGAACAUCCAAAUAUUUUUCAUGGAUGCAUCAUAUUAGGAUGCACCCAUGCAAGUGUCCGUUCACCAUUGGAUUCUCAGAACCCAGCAAAAUAUUUGACAUAUGACAAAAUUUAACAAAUGUAUGUGGUUAAAAUAAAUAAAAGGUCAUAACUCUCUACUGAAAAAUUAAUUUUCCCUUAUAAAAUGUGUUAUUUUGAAAAAAUAGAAUUAUAUACACACAUAAAGAAGUCAGUGAUGAUUGCUAAUAGCUUUUUCAUCCAUAUUCAUAAUGUAAUCAUGUUGAAUUUUUUUAAAUUUUAGAGUUUUUGAAAAGGUUACCAAAUUUAAUCUCAAGUUUUCUGAUUCUUUUUAAUUCACAUGAAUAUCAUUAAUAUCCUUAAGGCAACCUUGCAGUACUCUAAAAGAACAUCAACUGAGCUAGAAAUUAGCUCUUUGGGAAAAUGGAAAUUAAAUUGUGAAUUUCUGAAGACACCAAAAGAUGUGUUUCAAAUUUAAAAUGUUAAGAAUAAUGUGAAAAUGAGAUGAUGAAACUCAAGUGCAUGUAUUAAUGUUGUUGAGAAUGUUGGCCAUGACUUCCCACAGUAUCUCUUUAGCAGUGUUCUCUGGAGCUAUUCCAAUCUAAUUUUAGAAUUAAGAGCAAUUAAUUCACCUUUAUUUCAUGGAUAUUAUUAACUAUAUAAUUGACAUUAAAAUUAUUUUUAGAUCAUAUACACUAGUUAUUUGGGUAUUAUCCUAUGCAUAUUAUUUUGUUUUUCUUUUUUCUUGUUUUUUUUAAAUUUUUAUUCCCAUUUUAAUUCUAUGAUAUGUUUUCUGACAUGUUUUAUAUAUUCUAAUAAGUCUCUUGAAAUUCUCCAUGGCAAAGGCAGGGAAAAACAGAUUAGGUUGUAAAGAUGUUAAUUGUUUUACCUUUAAAGAUUUCAUUUGCAUAAUUAAAUAUUUCAGAGACUCAUGGUGAUAAUUAAUAUGUAUAACUGUUUUGAAUAUUUUCUCAAUUAAAAUGUUUGUAUAUCCUGAGGGGGAUAACAA